CCCUCCCUCUCUCCCUCCCUCCCUCUCUCCCCGCUCCUUGGACCAGACGAGUGAGCGCAGCGCUCUGCCCGGUGCCUGCCUGCUGGGCCCCUCACCGGUCCUAGUGCCCCAUUGUGCAUCCACCUGCGGGGAAGAGCACUGCCGGAGGGAGAGAGGCCCGGGACAGGAGCCGAGAGGACGGGGAAUGAGGAGGCAGUGACCGGCAGAGCCAGCAGGCUCCCAGGGUACAUGAUCAACAGAGUCACUGUUCCGGGAGCUCCAGGGCCACGCUCCCCGCCCCUCUGCUCCUCAUGCUUCCGCUGUUCUCUGUCAUAGCUGGACAGCUCCUGAUAGACCAUGAACCAAUUGGGAUCCCUGAGCAGUGGCCCCAGAUCGCCCAACGGCAGCAUGGGGCGCUCAGAUGGGAUGGCCAGGAUGAGCGCCAAGGACCUGUAUGAGCAAAGGAAGAAAUAUUCAAACUCCAAUGUCAUCAUGCAUGAGACAUCCCAGUAUCACGUGCAGCAUUUGGCCACAUUCAUGAUGGACAAGAGUGAGGCCAUCAUCACAGUGGAAGACGCCAUCCGCAAGCUGGUCCAGUUGAGCUCCAAGGACAAGAUUUGGACCCAAGAGAUGCUGCUGCAAGUUAACGACUCCUCCCUGAAGCUGCUGGAUUGUGAGUCCCAGGAGGAGCUGGAACAUUUUCCGCUGGGUACGGUGCAGCACUGUCAGACUGUGCUGAACCAGCUUCGCUACCCCUCAGUGCUGCUGCUGGUGUGUCAGGAUUCCGAGCAGCACAAGCCCGACGUGCAUUUCUUUUACUGCGACGAGGUGGAGGCAGAGCUAGUGCAUGAAGACAUCGAGAGCGCCCUGGCAGACAGCAAGUUGGGGAAGAAGAUGCGGCCACAGACACUCAAGGGCCACCAGGAAAAGAUCCGGCAGCGCCAGUCCAUCCUUCCGCCACCGCAGGGCCCUGCCCCCAUCCCCUUCCACCAAGAUGGCGGGGCCCCCCCUCACAGCUCCAAGAAUCGUGUGGCCCCUCCGGUGGCCCCCAAUGUGCCAGAUUAUGGACGAAGAGACUCUAGCUCUCCAGAUGAGGAGCCCAGGGCUGUCCUGGCCCAGAAGAUUGAGAAGGAGACACAAACCCUCAACUGCGCCCUGGAUGACAUCGAACUGUUUGUGGCCCGCCUGCAGAAGGCGGCAGAAGCCUUUCGGCAGCUCAACCAGAGGAAAAAGGGCAAGAAAAAUAGAAAGAAGGGACCGGCAGAGGGGGUCCUGACCCUCAGGGCCAGGCCCCCCUCCGAGGCCGACUUUAUCGACUGCUUCCAGAAAAUGAAACUGGCCCUCAACCUCCUGGCCAAGCUGAGAAAGCACAUUCAGAACCCGAGUGCCGCAGAGCUGGUCCACUUUCUUCUCGGGCCGCUGGAGCUGAUCAUAAACAGCUGUGGCGGUCCUGACAUUGCCCGCUCUGUGUCCAGCCCACUGCUGUCACGAGACACUGUGGAUUUCCUGAAGGGCCACCUGAUUCCCAAGGAGAUGGCACUCUGGGAGUCGCUGGGAGAGAUGUGGACCCGCUCUCGAGCUGAGUGGCCUCGAGAUGCGCAUGUACCCCCCUACAUCCCAAAGUUCCAGAACGGGUGGGAGCCCCCGCUGGACGUGCUGCAGGGGGCCCCCUGGGAAGUGGAAGGUGGGCUGCUGCCCGACACUGAGCUGAGCCCGGCCAAUGGGUUCUCCUACCGUCAUUCCCUGAAGCAGAGCCCAGGCCCCGAGCCUGCACCCCCCGGAGACAGCUUCCCACCAGGGGGCUCCCCCAACACUGACAGGAGACUUGAGCCAAUGGCCAUGGCCAAAUUCGCCAAAAUCCGUUAUGACUUCACGGCGCGUAAUGCCAACGAGCUCUCUGUGCUGAAGGACGAGGUUCUGGAGUCACCCCCCAGAAUCCUCCGGGCUCCCCUGUGGCCCAAAUCCAGGUCAUCUGCUCUGGGGAUGGUGCUGGAAGACAGCAAGCAGUGGUGGAAAUUGAGGAACCGCAGCGGCCAGGCUGGCUACGUGCCCUUCAACAUGCUGGACGUCAUCCGGCUGGAGGACGUGUACCCUCUAAAUGAGCAGGACAAUCAGAAAUACCGAGGAGACCUGAGUCUCCGGGGCCCAGGCCCCACCAGCCCCUUCCACAAGCUGCCUCCCAGCUAUACAGGGGACAGGGACGCCAAAGAGCAACUCAUCCACCAUAUGGAUGAGCUCAACCAUGAGCUCAUCAAAAAGAUUACCAACCCCAAAGGGCAGCCUCCACCGAGGAACUUCCGGGUGGAGAAGAGCAAGGCUGCUGUGGCCCCACUGACCUACGGCUCCAGCGCCCAGGAGGUCAGAAUGUGGCUGGAAGCCAAGUCCUUCAGCCCAGGGAUCGUGGAGCACCUGGGCAUCCUGACAGGUGCCCAGCUCUUCUCCCUUAACAAGGACGAGCUGAAGAAAGUGUGCGGGGACGAGGGCACCCGCGUCUACAGCCAGCUGACCGUGCAGAAGGGCUUCUUGGAGAAAAACCAGGGGGGGUCCGAGUUGGAGGAGCUUCUGCUAAGGUUCCAGAAGAAGACCAUGGAAGAGGGCCAGAGCUAGGCCUUUGUCAGGGCUGGGGAGGAAAGGGGCUCCCUGGCCCAGCACCACUGUCCUGGGGGCUCUCCUCAGUAUUGUGUGAAGUGUUAUUUUAUAUCCCUACUCUUUUAUGGGGAGGGUGCCCCCAUGUGGACACAGGACAGCAUGGCGGCAGCAGGCCUGGCCUGCCUGGCCCGCCUGCCCCAACUUGACCCCCCUGCCCCACUGCACCCAGGGCAGAUCUUCCCCUCCCUUUGGGGCCCCCAGGGCCAGGACACCCUCACUCUCACGCCCUGGACAUCUCCAGCUACUUCUGCGCUGCCCACCUGGAAGGGCUGACCUGGCCCCCAGAUGGCCCCCAGAGCCAGCGACACCCUUCCUCCCCACUCCUCUCUCUGACAGGCCUCCUGGCUCUCCUCAAGUACAUAGCCACUCACUCAUGGUGCAUCAUAGAGGAGACAUCUGAGACAGUCAGAGGCAUCUCAGAGCCUACCUGCCCUGCCCACCCCCACCCCCCAGCUCAGGUCUGGUGGGCAGCUGCUUCCGCAUCAAGGAAGAGGCUGUCCUUGUCACACUAGUCUGGCCCCUGGGAUCUCAAUGGAAUGUGUCAGUAAUAGUCACCAACUCUAUCCCAGCCCAGACCUGAAUGUUCAGUGUCCCUCUACUUGGGGGCCAGCCAGGAGUUCUGUACCAGCUCCUCAGCUCAGCCAAUCUCUGGCCUGACUGUCAUGCCCUGAAGAGA